AUGCGAUGCGCGAGCAAGGCCGCCGAGAGCGCGUCUGCACGUCUCUGUGCGGACGCCGAAGCAGAAACUACAGCAACUGAUGUCCCAUCAGUUGCUGAAUCGACUCAGCCUGUAUCACCUGGUGAUGCAGGCGCUGGUCAUGAAGACACUCGUGUCUUCACAGAGUGA